AUCCAAUAGGUUUCAGUUGUCGAUCAGUUCCCGUGAAUGUACUUGCACUUCGCUUGCGCGUGAUACUUAUUUUCGUCGGCCGUUUUUACAUAUUCACUUGAGAGGAGAGUUUAGGUAAAUCGAACUCGCAAGACUUGCAGCCACGAGAGAGGAAUUAUAUGUACUAUUCCACUGUAUAAUACGAAACUGAUCUUUCCCAGUACAUAAUUAGCCAGUGUCGAGCCGUUAUUACGAUCGCAGCAUGGCUAUGCAGCCUUCCAGCAGCGCCGUUAGAGCAUUGUCCUUAGAGUACCGAGGCCUCCAGGAGGAACCUGUCGAGGGCUUUUGUGUCAAACUCGUCAACGAGGACAACCUCUUCGAGUGGGAGGUCGCCAUAUUCGGACCACCUGACACACUUUACCAAGGAGGAUAUUUUAAGGCACAUGUCAAGUUUCCUCCUGAUUACCCCUACUCGCCGCCCUCCGUCCGGUUCUUGACCAAAGUGUGGCAUCCCAAUGUAUAUGAGAAUGGAGACCUUUGCAUUUCCAUCCUUCAUCCUCCAGUAGAUGACCCCCAGAGUGGCGAGCUUCCCUGUGAACGUUGGAAUCCUACUCAGAAUGUGCGUACAGUAUUGCUGUCAGUGAUAUCCUUACUGAAUGAACCAAACACGUACUCUCCUGCCAAUGUAGAUGCCUCAGUUAUGUAUCGCCGUUGGAGGGAUUCCAAAGGCAAAGACAAAGAAUAUGAAAAUAUUAUCAGGAAACAAGUAUUAUCAUCCCGUACUGAAGCUGAAAGAGACGGUGUUGUUGUUCCAAUGACUUUAGAAGACUAUUGUAUAAAGACUAAAGUAAAACCGGAUACAGAGCCUGUUGAUAUGGCUGAUUUUUACGAUGAUGAUUAUGAUAUCGAUGAUGAUGAUGAGGAUGAUGACGAGAAUCUCUCAGAUAAUGAAAUUGAUGAUGGUGAUGACAGCGGCAACGGUGAAUCGUGAUAGGCUCGUGCGUUCACUGCGAAUGAUAUUCAUGACCCCGAAUGCUUAUGUAUAAUAGAAUUACAUAGAAAAACCAACAAAUUUAGUAACUAGUUGAAAGUGCGCUAAUUAAUGACCAUUGAAAAUUAGAUCUUUUUCAAAGUAACUGACUAUGUCAGAAUCUUAAGAAUUCGGGCAGGAUUGAAGUGUGAGGUAAACUCUUCACCUGUACACACACUAUACAUGCAUGCAAAUUUACACAAACAUGAGCCCCCAAUUACACAUGGACACAGUCAUGUUGACACUUGCAUGCAUACAUGAAUGCAUACACUAACCCAGAUUCAUCAUUCUUCUACAUUCAUGCUUUACAACACACACUCCAUGCACCUACAUUAACAUACAAUGGAAGAUAUGCACACAUUUGCACAUGCAGUUUACAUAUCGGAACAUGAUCAUAGCCACGUUAGCCCCAUUGCAUCUUUUGAAUCUUUGCAUUAUUAUGCAACUCCUUAUUAUUAUGUAUGUGACCAUUAUAAGACUUAUAUCCUGAAAAUGCCUCCAUUUGCAUCUUCACAACAGUAGCAUUCAUCCUCAAAUAUGUCACUCUAUAUUUGAUGUUGAAUACCCACGAACCACCCACACUUCAGGCAACCUGUGUGCAUGGUAGAAAGAGAGAGAGAGAGAAAGAGAGAGAUUGACAUCAACUCCACCAGAUCGGUGACUUUAGUUCCUUCUAAUGAAAGCACUUGAAGGUUGAGUGAAAGUAUGUGUGAAUGUUUAAUGUGAUGGAAGCUCUGUUCUCUUUUUUUUCUUGGGGGGAGGGGAAGUAGUUUAGUACAUUGCAGAUAUUUAUUUCAAGAUGGUAAGUGCUAUAUUUUACAAGUUAAUAUGAAUUAUUUUUAUUACAAAUGAAGCUGUAUUACCAUAGCUUAGAUAAUGUUGCUGUAUGCUGUACAGUGUGAUGAUAGUAAGAUAACUUCACAUCAACAAGGAGUUUCAUUCUUUAUAGUUUUUGGUUCAUUCUGACAAUAAUAUACAAAAAAAACUUGUAGCUCUUUUUAUUCAUUUUUCUGGUGGGAAAUACAGCACAUUUGAGGACUGGAGAUACUAGAAAUAUGGGAUUAAAAGUGCAUGCUUUUUUUAUCAUGGAUUCACCAUUACAAAUGGUGUCUAUAACGUGAAUAUCAAUAAUGACUGAGCUUAUAUACAGUGCACGUGGAGAGGUUCACAGUGAAUGUGAAAUGGGAUAUUCCAAAAUUUCAUAAUCAGUGAAAUUAUAAUGUGGAUCAUUAUUUUUCUUAUAAUGAGAAUUAAAAUUUUUCACUUGUUCUAGAGUUGGCCAGUUGGUUGUUGGACACAGUUUGAAAAGGAGCUUCAUUAGAAACUUUUUCAUAUCCAUUAUUGCCCUUUUUUAUAGCAAAUUUGUUUUGGAUAGUUAAUUACUUGACUAUAUUAAUCACACUAUUAAGAGAUUCAGUUUUGGCUUGAUAGAGGAAGAGAGGAGUGCGUUCUGAGUGUGUAAGUAAUGAAUAUAAGGAAAUUAUAUGUAAGUUAAAGAGAGUGAGUGAGUUGUAUGCUUCAUUUUCACAAAUAUUAAUUCCAUCCAAACUGAGGGAUUUAUAUACCCAGUAUGUACGUUUACGAAAUAUGUCUUGGAUCUAUAAAGUUAAGAUGCAUUGACUUCUUCCUUUUGACUUUGGUCGCAGGCAGAUCUCUGCUGUUAAUAUCGAUAUUAUAUCAGGAUGAAUCUAGCAAUCAGUGAUCACAUUUGAAUUCAAAUUUGAUUUUUCAAGUUUGAUUUAAAGUGGUGGGCUAGUUAGUGAGGUGGAAGUAAUAGUAUAUUGCCUCAAGGAUUCAUUGUACAUAUCUCAUUGUCAUAUAAUCAAUCACCUUUUCUGUGGACUAAAGAUAGGAGGUAUGAUGUUAUGUUAAAUGGUGGAAAAGGUUAGGUACCCAUCUACGUACUCUUAGUCUAUUAAGUGCCACACUUGGAAUAGUAGAAGUAAAAGAAAACAAAGAAACUUGGUAACAAAAGAUUUGGGGGGUGUAAAGAUUUCAAGGUGAUGAUUAUGAUUCUCCCCCAUCUUCCUUCCCCUCCUCCUCUUUUCCUUCAUCUUUCCAUGUAUUGCCUCCUCUUCCUUGAAUAGGCUGAUAUUUGCUCAUUUCUGUUGAUUUUAAUCUCAUUUGUGCUUUUGUAUUAUAGCUUCACUAGCUUCACUUGUAAAACUCAUUGAUAAUACUCCAUGAUUGCUGGAGUAUCCUGUUGCAUAUGUGGAUGUUUUCUAUUAAUAUUUUUUAGCUGAAGCUGAAUUAUGGUAUUUUUGUAUAGUCCUUUGAUAGGAAGAUAUAUUCUCAAAUGGCACUUAACAGCGACUUCUCACAUCAAAAGGAAUCAACCAGUUUUUUUUCAGAGGAUUAAUGUUAUCAGACAACUUCGAAGAAAAUUUUAGUUUGUAGUGGUGGUAUUUUAAGUUGUGAUAAAAUGCUGUAUUGUACUUAUCAUGUAAUGACAGCAUUCAAAGUAAUGUCCAUUAUAAGAGUAUCAUUUAAGUCGCUAAACUUAAUGUCCCUCAUCAAAAUGCUGUUAAAGGAGUUGGGUACAGAUAAUGCACUUUUGUAUGGUUAUUGUAAGGACUGCAGGCUUCAUUUAGUGUAAUAAAGAUAUUGUUAUGAA